AUGCUCGGUUCGGAGCCUGAGCCGCCGCUGCUCUCGCGGAUCGUUGGAAUUCCACCGCCACCGCCACCACCACGAGCCCCGUCAACAGCGCUUCUACGUCGACCGACACCGGCCGUCGGACAGAAACCUGCACAAAAGCCGUCACCGAACAAAUACAACGAAAGCCCGUACAAGGAUAAACAGCGUACUCCACUAGAAAAAGCCCGGCAUCUCGACAACCUUCCGUCAUAUCAGGCACAAAAACUUCUUGACGGCUCACAUCAACUACGCAUAGACUCGCACCACGUUGGAGCUCCUGGCCACGGCGCAGGCCACGGUCAUAAGAAGGAGUUUGGUCCUGCGAUGAUUCUCUACUAUCUUGCAUCCGCAUUCCGAGCCCUCUAUCCACGUUUAGACGACGAUUUCGUCGACAAGCUCAAUUAUUACUACACUACAACAAUAUGUCAUGUACGGAUUCUCGUCGAGACUUCAUCGUUUUCAGGUUUCCCUAUUCAAUGCUGGGUUCCAGCAACAUUCACCGACGCUAUGGAGCAAUACACAGAGAAUUAUUGUUGGGUGCAAAACACCUAUUGGGUACCAAUGCAGGAGGACAUCCCGCGCGAAAUUUACUCGCGACGUAAUCGACAAAUUGGCUAUUAUCAAUGGGUGCCUUUCAUACUGGCCAUCGAAGCCCUUCUUUUUUAUGUGCCAUGCAUACUUUGGCGAGGCCUGCUGUAUUGGCACAGCGGUAUAAACUUACAAGGUCUUGUACAGAUGGCAUGUGACGCGCGUUUGAUGGAUUCUGAAGUGAAGACGAGAACCGUCUACACCAUGGCACGUCAUAUGCAGGAUGAAGUGCAGUUAACAAACGUCGAUCGGUCAGGUCACUCACGGACGUGUUUCUCACAUAUGCAAAUAGGAGCUAACUGUGGGAGGCAUUGCGGUUGCUAUGUCACUAUGCUCUACAUUGGUAUCAAAAUUCUCUAUUCGGCUAAUGUACUGCUACAAUUUUUUCUCUUGAAUCAUCUUCUCGGCUCCAAUGAUUUAGCAUAUGGCUUUUCAUUGUUGAAAGAUCUCAUGCACGAAAUUGAAUGGGAACAAACUGGAAUGUUUCCCCGAGUAACCUUAUGCGAUUUCGAGGUGCGUGUGCUCGGAAACAUUCAUCGGCACACUGUUCAAUGUGUCCUUAUGAUUAAUAUGUUCAAUGAGAAGAUAUUUUUAUUUCUGUGGUUUUGGUUCUUAACCGUUGGUGUUAUCACUGUGUUUAAUACCUGUUAUUGGAUAUUAAUUAUGUUUAUACCAAGUCAGGGCAUGUCCUUCGUUCGAAAGUAUUUGCGUGUACUUGCCGAUCAUCCCGCAAAGCCGAUUGCUGACGACGUCACAUUAAGGAAAUUCACUAACAACUUCUUGCGAAAAGAUGGGGUCUUCAUGUUACGCAUGAUCUCGACACAUGCCGGUGAAUUAAUGAGUAGCGAAUUGAUAUUAGCAUUAUGGCAAGAUUUCAAUAAUGUUGAUCGGACGCCGACUCAAUUCUGGGAUGCCGAACAUGGACAAGGCACACUUGACUAA